AUGGACGGGAAGUACUUCCGCGGCAACCGCCGCUCCGAGAUACAGGAGCUGCGCGAGGAGCUGCAGAAGGCCACCAAGGACCGCCGAAAGGAUGUAAUCAAAAAGAUAAUCGGGGCGAUGACCGUCGGAAAGGACGUGUCUAGCCUCUUCCCCGAGGUGGUCAACUGCAUACAGACCAACAACCUCGAGCUCAAGAAGCUGGUCUACCUCUACGUGAUCAACUACGCCAAGGUGCAGCCGGAGCUGGCGAUCCUGGCGGUGAACACCUUCUGCAAGGACGCCAAGGAUCGCAACCCUCUCAUCAGGGCGCUUGCAGUCCGCACGAUGGGGUACAUCCGCCUCCCAGCCGUCACGGAGUACCUGGUGGAGCCGCUGAUGCGCUGCCACUCUGACCCAGACCCGUACGUCCGCAAGACGGCGGCCAUAUGCAUCGCAAAACUUCAUGGAAUAUCGCCGCAACUGGUCAGGGAGGAGGGGUUCAUAGAGGUGCUAGAGCGGAUGAUGUCGGACCACAACCCAAUGGUGGUGGCUAAUGCGGUGUCGACGCUGGUGGAGAUCUCCGAGCAGUCUGACGAAAACCUCAUCGCCAAGAUCCUGACCAAGAACCCAUUGAAACUCGACGGGCUGUUGCAUUCGCUGAACGAGUGCAUGGAGUGGGGGCAGGUCUACAUUCUGGACGCCCUGAUGCUAUACAAGCCCUCCACCCCGGAGGAGGCGCGGACCCUGAUCGAGGCGGUACUGCCGCGCUUCUCGCACAUCAACCCGGCCGUCGUGAUGUCGGCCAUGAAGGUCGUCAUCAAGAUGCUUCCGAAAAUCGCCGACAAGGACUACCUACGCGUCCUGCAGGGCAAGCUGGCCGCGCCGCUGGUGACGCUGGCGUCGCUGGACCCGGAGAUCCAGUACGUGGCGCUGCGCUCGAUCCUCGUGAUCAUCGAAAAGUGGCCCAGGCUGCUUGAGGGACACGUGCGCGCCUUCUUCUGCAAGAGCCGCGACCCUUUGUACGUCCGUAUCGAGAAGCUGGAGAUCAUGGUGCGACUUGCCACGACCAGCAACUUCCAGAAGAUACUGGCAGAGCUGUCGGAGUACGCCACAGACAUCGACCAUGACUUCGUGAGGAGGGCUGUACGGGCUAUAGGGUCGCUGGGUGUCCGCCUGGAGGCUGCGCUGUCGGCCUGUGGCACCACCCUCAACGAGCUGCUGAGGCUCCGGGCGUCGCACCUCACCGAGGAGUGCACCAUCGUAUACCGCGACUUGCUGCGCGCGUACCCGCACAUGUUCAACAUAGAGCUCUUCUCCAUGUGCGCCGACGGCGAGUACCUGCACGCCGUCGAGUCGAAAGCCGCGCUGAUCUGGAUCAUAGGCCAAUACGCAGCGAAGAUCCCAGACGCGGCUGAGUACCUCGCAAACAUGGCGGAAACCAUGCACGACGAAGACCACUCGGUGCAGCUGAGCCUGCUCACAGCAGCCGUUAAGGUGGUCGUGACCCGUGGAAGGGAUACUGGCAUGGUGGAGCAUGUGAUCCAGCGCUGCGUGCAUGAGAGCACAAGCCCCGACGUCCGUACCCGCGCGCAGAUGUACCUCAGGCUGCUGGAACACGGCGAUUCUGUUGCUGCCAAGGUGGUCAUGGCGCCGCUGCCGCCGAUUGGCGAGUCGGUGAUGGACAACGAGGUGCUGGAGAACCUGCUGAGCAACCUCGGCCACGUCUCGUCGGUGUACCACCUUCCGGCAUGGGCGUUAACCUUCAAGGAUGCGCAACCGCUCGGUGCGGCGCGCGACAAGCAAGCCGGAGAUGCGUCGUCCAGUGACGGCGAUCUUUUGGACACGGCUGACUCCGACCUCAGUCCGAGGAAGGGCCGCACUUUCGACGGCCUGGAUGACGACGAUGAUGACCAUCGUGGAAGCCGCGAUACUCAGUCUUACUACGGCGAAGAGGACCUUUUCGAAACGUUCGGCAGGGUGUUCCGCUACACCUGCAAGGACGAGGUGGUGCUGACGCAGCACCAGCAGGGCUCCAACGGGCAGAUGGGUUUGCAGGUGGUGGCGUGCCUGUAUCGUGAGGGCGAGAAGAUGUCGCUGAAGCUUUCAAUGACAAACAAAACUGCGGCGUCGAUUUCGUUGCUGGCCAUCCAGUUCAACAAGAACUCGUUUGGUCUCAGCCCGGCAGCGCCGCUCGCCAGCCCGGUGCUAGUGGCACCGGAGAAGACGACGGAAACGCACGUCCCGCUCGCAGCCAAUAUCAUCAUGUCUAACACACCGCCUGCCAACCCUAUUGCGCUGCAGGUUGCUAUCAAGACCAACGUUGACGUCUUCUACUUCCGCGUGUUCUACGAGCUGCCGAUCGUGCUGCUUCACGGCGCCAAGAUAACCCGCAGCGAGUUCGAGGAGCUCUGGGGAAUGUCCGGCCAGGAAGAGACGUUCGCCGUCGGUGACAACCUGCCCGUCACCGACCGCCUGGCGAAGGCCGGCCUGACGUUCGUUGGUUCUGGCCUAGCCGUGGGUAGCAACAAGGUCAACGAGUGCUUCUACGCGUCGACCACGAACUCGCUGCAGCUGUUGGCAGUGUUCGCCAACGGGCGCGCGUCGGUCAAGGCCGAAGCCGCCGCUUUGGUACCCCUCUUCGUCCACACUAUCGGCAAGGCCCUGCGCAGUGGAGCCUGA